AUUUGUGUAUUUUGUUCUCAGGUCCCCACCAGCCGCUCCCAGAAUGCCGCGCUGCGCACCGCUAAGUCCUAUGAUGACAAUAAGUACGUUACCGCCAUGUACGACUAUGCGCCCAUUAACAGCGGAGAUCUGCAGCUUCACAAAGGGGAGAAACUUCAGCUCUUGUCUAAGGACAAGGGAGAAUGGUGGUUGGCCAGGUCUCUGACCAGCGGACAAGAGGGAUAUAUCCCCAGUAACUAUGUUUCUCCGGCUAAUAAUGCCGACGCCGAAUUAUUCUUUUUCAAAAGCAUCAGUCGGAAGGAUGCGGAGAGGCAGCUGCUAGCCCCGGGCAACAAGCCGGGGACGUUCCUUAUCCGGGACAGUGAAACCAGUCAGGGCACAUUCUCACUUUCUGUCCGGGACAGAGAUUUGGCUACUGGAGAUGUCAUCAAACACUAUAAGAUCAGAACGUUGGACAGUGGAGGAUUUUACAUUUCCCCUGCACUUACCUUUUGCUCGCUACAAGAUCUAGUGAAAUAUUAUUCCAAAAAAUCUGAUGGACUGUGCCAAAAACUUGGACAGCCGUGCCCACACCAGGUUCCGAACAACUGGCAGGCAGAUGUAUGGGAGAUACCCAGGGACUCUUUGAAGCUUGUGAAGAGACUAGGGGCUGGGCAGUUUGGAGAAGUCUGGAUGGGAUACUAUAAGAACAAUAUGAAGGUGGCCAUAAAGACAUUAAAGGAGGGAACCAUGUCCCGGGAGGCUUUUCUGGAGGAGGCAAAUUUAAUGAAAACUCUUCAACAUGAUAAGUUGGUUCAGCUCUUUGCUGUAGUCACUAAGGAGCCCAUCUACAUUGUGACUGAGUAUAUGGCCAACGGCAGCCUUUUAGACUUUCUAAAGACCAGCGAAGGAAUGAACCUUACCUUCUCUAAACUGGUUGACAUGUCGGCACAGGUGGCAGAGGGCAUGGCAUAUAUAGAAAAAAAGAACUACAUUCAUCGGGACCUGAGAGCCGCCAACGUCUUGGUGUCGGAAAUUCUGUGCUGUAAAAUAGGAGAUUUUGGACUGGCGAGGGUUAUUGAUACCGAGUAUACAGCAAAAGAGGGCAGCAAAUUCCCCAUAAAAUGGACGGCCCCAGAAGCGAUCAACUUUGGAAUUUUCACCAUUAAGUCGGAUGUGUGGUCCUUUGGGAUCCUGCUAACGGAAAUUGCCACCUUCGGCCGCUCGCCAUACCCAGGCAUGACCAACCCAGAGGUGAUUUGCAACCUGGACCAAGGCUAUCGCAUGCCCCGCCCCAACGACUGCCCCAUGGAACUCUAUGAGAUCAUGCUCAGGUGCUGGAGGGACAACGCCGAGGAGAGGCCCACCUUUGAUUACUUGCAGUCUGUCCUGGAGGAUUUUAGCACCUCGACAGAAAAGCAAUACGAGGAGGAGCCGUGAGUUGGCGCCGGAUCCCCCCAAAGUCUCCAGUUAUGGAACCAGAUUGGGCAGCGAUUACUUACUGCUCUGGUUCUGGAAUAACUUUACUAAAAGAAUUCAGAUCUGGUUUCAGCAUCUCAUUUGAAGACAGUUGCAGUUGGUCGUAUGGCCACCGGCUACAAACACACACUCUGUACAUUAAUGGAAUUCUGACUGGUGUAUUUAAUGAGGGCGGUAAUGCCCCGCAAUGGGCUUGGAAUGUAUCUUAGAAAAAAUGAUUGGAAAUCAAGGUUCCCAUAAAAACUGCUGGUCGCUCUAACGACUUGGGACAAGAAAUAUAAUAGUAAUUAUACAUCUAGAAUUCAUACAGAGCUUAUGGCCUCAGUGGAUAUACCUCAGGGUGUAUACGGUUUUAUUAAUGGGACCCAUAAGGAGUCUGGGAUUCGGCAACGGGACCUACGAUCCCAAGGAAGAUGUUUUGUCCCAAUUAUUUAAUGAAUCAAUACAGGAACCAUUUGCGUCCAUAUCAGCGUGACUUUUGUAAAUGACCCUUCAAAUCUCUUGCCUGUCAGGUACUGGUGGGAGUUGCAGUUCAGCAAGAGCUAUGGGGGUCGCAGGUUAGACCUCCUUUGUAUCGAAAUCUCUGGAAUUGUGGGGUAAUAUGAGGGCUGCACCCACAAAGAUGAAUGCACUUUGGGCGCUUAUGUAAACCGAUGGCCAUUGUGGCUGAUGAAUCUCUGUGGAGCUGGACGAGCAGGGACUCAGGGGAGAGGGUUAUUCAUGCACCUCAGUUGCCCUUUAAAGCCAAGAACAGAUGAAAGUUGCCCGGAAUGGCCCUGUGUGCCACUGGCCUGCAGCCCAGACAUUCCAAGAGGGGAAAAUGAUCUGCAUUACUGGGUUUAAUUCCUUUACCGCUUCCAGUUCUUCACUGCAGGGGCACUAGUGGGUUAUUUAGUAUCGGGGGCAAUGCCAGUGCCGUAUUUUCUACAUAAGAACCAGAUAAUAAAGACAA